AUGAGUACCGCAGAUUCUUCGAACUCCUACCAAGGUUUCAAUAACCGGAUCUGGGAGCAGAACAAAUCCAUCGGAGUCAAUUACAAUGAGCAGAUUAGUGGACACACUCAGAGCCCACCAAGCCCCGGUCAUGUGGACGAACGCCGUAUCACAAUCAAUGUGAGCCAGGAUGGUGAACAGCCUCUUCAUAGGAAGGCAAAUGGUAUCGAAUACCACGAAUCGAUCUCGGAGUCCAGGAAAGAGGUGUUCCAGUACCCGUUCAAGUUGUUCAUAACCCUCGAGCAACCAAUAAGAAAGAAGCUUGCACAACUGUACGAAACUGUUCAAGAACACGAUGAGGUCGAUGCCCUGAGGCCGGAUAUAGAGGUUGAUCGCCCCUUGAACAACGAGCCUGUCGAUAUCGAAGCCAUACAGCAGCUGAAGCUACUUGAAGAGUUGUAUGAUACGGAUCUGAAGCCGAUGUUUGACAUGCGGCGGGAUAUCGAAACGAAGAAGCUGGCUACGAUUUCGUAUACAGACCUAUGGCAUCUUUUCCGUUAUGGACAGGAAGUUAGGGCUAGCGACAAUGAUACGCAGGUGUACCGAGUGUUGAGGUGGACGGGAGGACGCGAACCUCUUGCGAAGCACGGUCUAUUGGCGGAGCUCCAAGCUCGCGCCGCUCUCGAUGCCCAGUCUGCACCCCGAAACGAGAACCGGGGUGAGACGUUCAUUGUGGAAACUGCCAGCUUUGAGUUUGAUGGUUUUCACUACGGACCUGUUCAAAAGACGUUUGUAGUCCGGAAAUACGACGGAGAGAAACCCAUUACCAGUCUCCCCAUCUUUCCGCUAGCUUUCGAUCCGUCUCACGAACAGCUGCGAAAGCGGUUGAUACAUCGAGGCAACUUGUAUCUUCAGCUUUCGCAAGCCGAUCAAGCGUCGCACAAACACUACCACGGUCUCACGCUAGAUGAGCCCCACGAGGAGGUCGACUCCCAGAUCAUCGUAGACACCAAGAUGGCUAUGCUUCGAUACCAUACUACACUCUCGCCUGUAGGAGUGGGUAGCUUGGUAGGUCACAAUCUUCGGGAGACGUACGAAGAAACAGUCAACCCUACCGUCACGGAUGGCGUCUGCGCAGAAGACGGGUGCUGCGACAACGAGCUUGUCCACAAAGACUAUGGUUGGGACAUGCAGCAUGAGGAGCGAUAUAUGGAGGAUCAUAGAUUCGACCUUGAGCCUACGACGGACCCGGCCGAUCUUGAUGAUGAGGAGAAACUUCUACUGCCUCCUUUCGUGUACGGGUUCGUUCUGCGAAGUCGCAAGUGGGCCAAAUUCAGUAUCGACUGCAUCCGCGAUGUCGAGUACACUAGCGGGUUCAGUGACUUGGUAUUGCCCUCUGGUCAUAAAGAGACUGUGCGGGCAUUGGUUGCGAAUCACGCACGACUACCUACCACAGGUGGAAGUGGACCGCAUAACCAGAAAUCUAUCGACCUUGUUCGGGGUAAAGGGAAAGGCUUGGUCAUUUUGCUGCAUGGCGCGCCCGGUGACACUGCAGCGGAGGUAGAAACCAACCUCGAGAGCAGUUUCCAGCUUGCACACAAGUGGGGUUGUGUCCUCCUCUUAGAUGAAGCCGACAUCUUUCUGCAGAAGCGCGACAAGACGGACAUCAAGCGCAAUUCGAUCGUUUCGGUGUUUUUGAGAGCACUUGAGUACUACAGUGAGAUAAAGGGCGAUCAGUUCAAGAUCAAAUCAAAAGAAAUCCUGAAGUUCGCCAAAGAGCAUUACAUGGAACUCAAGAAAGCUGGUUCAGGUAGUUGGAAUGGAAGACAAAUCCGCAAUGCUUUCCAGACUGCCAUCGCCCUCGCAGAAUUCGAGACAACGGAGAAGAAUGACGAACACGGUGUCGGUCACAAACCUCACCGAGUCGAACUUUCUCAGGAACACUUUUCCACAGUCGCAAAAGCCUCUGCUGAGUUUGACACGUAUCUCAAGAGCACACUUGGAGGCCAGACAGAGUCUGACAUCGCCAGACUGGAACAGACACGAAUGGACGAGUAUUCUUCGUUGAGAAGCAGAACAGAUGCGAACCUCCGGCCAUCUAAAGCCAAGGGAAAGACUGGAAGGAAAGGGAAGAGUGUGACUGAUAGUGAGGAUAGUGAUAGAGACUCAGAAGAGAGUGAACGAAGCGAAGACUCUGAAGACCAAGGAAAGGCGAGUGACUCACAAAGCGAGACCGAGGAAGAGGAGGAUCGGGUUAUCGUGAAAUCUUCCAAGGGAAAGAAGGAUGGAAAAAGACGCAAAUAG